UCUAAAGCUGGAUGAGUCUUGUGAUGAGUGAGGUGGGUUUGUACGGUAAUGUGAUGUUAAGAGAGAAGGCACGUCUGGGGCGUCGAUCUCGUGAAUGACUAAUCAAGUACCCCGGCUUGGCUGUCGGUUCACUUCCGACACUCAUCAAGCCAUCUGCGUAUCACGUCCGCUUUCCUUCCCAGCAGAUCCUCAUACAACAAGACAGAGCCGCAAGAUCCCCUGCGUUGCUAUGUAUGCAACUGGGCACAGUCCAGAAACUGUGAAAUCAACACGUUGAAGAAAGCCACAUCCUCAAGUUAGCUCACAACGAGUCCAAUUGCUUGGGCACUGACAAUGUCUACGGUACGACGGCGAAGAAAAACAGGUUGCUUGACCUGCCGUCAGAGACGCGUCAAGUGUGACGAGCGGAAGCCGACAUGUGAACGAUGUGAGGCCUCGAACAUCCAUUGUGCUGGCUACGAACAAAUGCGUCACAUCGAUGUCCGCCACCGUCCAUUGCCAAUCUCUCCCCAAUCAACCCAGGAAAGCCCGCCGUCUUCACGCAACGACUCUUCUGCAGUACCUCGUUUCGAAGCGGAUGGACUGCCACUGGUUGCUUUACCCAACAAUCCCACACCAGCUCAACGGCCGCACGCAAGGGCACGCGAUGUUCUUGCUUACCAUCAAUACCUCUUCAGAACUCUGCCUGUCUUAUUCCCGGCUUGCAAUUUCCAUUUCUGGCGCGACACCCUAUGCCAGGAAGCCUGGGAGACCGAGUACGUUUUCGAUACCAUUACAGCUCUUGGAUCGUUGCAUCGAGCAUUCCUACUCCUAUCUCGAGCAGAAAAUGGCGAACGGACUAGAGGAGCAGAUGGCAGGGUUUUGGCUCUUCAAUCUUACACCAUGGCUAUCCAGGGUUUGUCCAGACAUCUGCAGACGAAAACGCCAUCCAUGGACAUUGUCAUUGCCGUUGUGCUGUUGAUGGCUUAUUUCGAGCAUUUCAACGGCAAUAUUUCAGCUGCCAUACGUCAUUUCCACAUCGCGAAAUACUACUAUCUGGUGUCAGGCCUGGAACAUGACAGUCCAGAGGCCCUGGUUUGCAUCAAAUCGUCCCUCCGACACCUGAGCUUCGUUUGUCGGAUCGUACUACCUCUUCCACUGCAACUGUUCGAUGAACGGAGCGCUUGCAGAUUGGAUCCUGACGAAAGAAGGUAUACCCAUGCUGCCGGAAAAGAAAGAAAUGGAGCCCUUAUCGCCGAGUAUAUGCACCAACUUCUUGACAUCUUUUCCGCAGAAGAAUACGUGGCGGACUUGCUUUGGAGUCCUUUCGUCAAGGACGUCGAAAUGAUCCCCAUGGAUAAGAUCAAAACGGUUCAGGCAGAUAUCGAGGAUUGGAAGAACAGAUACAAGGACCCUACUCUACGGUCAGUCACGGAGCAGUACCCUUCAGGCAUGAGCCGGCGUGAUAUCGAUGGGCUCCUCACAACGCCGCAUUCACGACUGGCACAUACCUAUCAAUCGGCUCUGACCGGCGCUCUGUACCAUUUUUGCAUGGCAAGGCUCAUGUGGGUCAUGGCUCGCAUCAACGAGAAAGAUGAAGUUUACGAGCUUUCUGCAUACUUUCAUGUGAACGAAAUCAUACAAUUAUCACACUUCGCCAGAAAGAGUGGUGACAGUUCAGGUCGAGAUCAGGAUCACUGGGUGCUCGGUGAAGCAUUGGAAGUGGGUUUUACGGCCUUGUUGUACCUAAGUGCUCAGUGUUGUCCAAGCAAUUCCUGGAGAGACGCCAUCAUUCAUCGUCUUCGAGCUAUCGGUCGUGAGGGGCUGUUCAACGGCACAGCAUUUGCAACAAGCCUUACCGUCCUUCGGAAUUUUGACACGGGCCCGGCGACAGUCACACCAUACCCUGGCUCAUCAGACAGGCUCGGGCCACCACGAUCACGGGCUAUACCACUAAUGUUCACGGAAAAAGACGGACAUAAUUUCAUUUUGUAUAUUCUGGGUCCGUCGCCCGAUCGGCUCGAUGCCGUGCUAGGAGAGUAUGAGGUUCUUUGUGAGGCCCAUUGGAAGGUGUGUGAGGAUGGAAGACAGACAGAACCGACCAUUCGAGACUUUGACGACACUUUUUCUCCCGGACGCCCAACACGACCGGACUCGCACUGGCUUUUGAACCAGCCUAUCAUCGGCGACUGGAUGGACACUUUUCGCAGCUCGGGCUUCGACAUGGAUCUCGCCAUCCAUGACCAUAUCAAAGGCACAUCUGUUAGAUUGCGAUGAUAUUGACUACUGGACUGCAAUGAUUAUGAAGCCGCCGUUUGAGUUGCCGUUCAUCCCGACUUGAUGCAUUAUUGGCCAUGAUCAACGAAUGCAACCGUGUGGAGCCAUCGAUGGCGACAUCGUGGGGAAGUAUGGCAGAAC